AUGACGACUGGAGAGGAGCUCCCUUGUGCGCAUUUCACUGUAGAUAAACAGAACAUCGCCCUCUGGCCCAGAGAGCCUCCUACCAAAAGGGAUCAGCCUCUGGCUCUGAGGAAGCCUUCUACAAUAUGUGUUGUAUUGACCUUCCUAACUCUGGUCCUGGUCACCUCCAUCCUGCUGCAGAGUAUCCUCUAUUCUUGGCUUUUGGGAACAAUAUCAAAUGUAAGGACCAAUGCUCAGUUGCUAAAAGGACGUGUGGACAACAUCAGCACUGGAAGUUCUGAAAUUAAAAGGAAUCGUGGUGGUCUGAAGGUAGCCAGCACUCAGAUCCAGAAGGUGAAUGUCAGCCUGAAUCAAGUGCGUUCUCAGCUCCUGAUAUUAGAAACUGGUUUGGAGAAAGCCAAUUCGCAGAUCCAGGUACUAACAAGAAGUUGGGCGGAAGUUGAUGUUCUAAAUGCCCAAAUCCCAGAGUUAAAAAGAGAUUUGGAUAAAGCCAGUGCUUUAAAUGCAAAGGUCCGUGGACUUCAGAACAGUUUGGAGAAUAUGGACAAAUCACUCAGACAACAAAAUGACAUUCUACAGAUGCUUUCUCAAGGCUGGAAGUACUUCAAGGGGAACUUCUAUUACUUUUCUCACGUAUCAAAGACCUGGUACAGUGCCCAGCAGUUCUGUACAUCCCGGAAUUCUCACUUGACUUCAGUGACCUCAGAGAAUGAACAGGAGUUUCUAUACAAGACAGCAGGAGGAGGUGUUUACUGGAUCGGCCUGACUAAAGCAGGGAGUGAAGGGGACUGGUACUGGGCAGAUAACACUCCAUUCAAUAAGGUUCAAAGUGCAAGGUUCUGGAUUCCAGGCGAGCCCAACAAUGUUGGUAGCAAUGAACACUGUGCCAAUAUAAAAAUCACCUCACUUCGGUCCUGGAAUGAUGCCUCCUGUGACAUUAGCUUACUUUUCAUCUGCAAGAAGCCCUAUAUCCCAUCAGAAUCUUGA